AUGUCUUCCAAAGGCAACCUCACCCCCGACCAAAUCUUGCAGUUCCAUCGCGACGGCUACCUCUUGCUACCAUCAUUCUUCGAGCCCGCCCCACUCCUCGCCCGCUCCAAACACCUCAUCUCCACCUUCCCCCUUUCCAACCACCCUCUAACCGCAUUUACCACCUCCGACAACGUUCGAGGCCAAGAAGCCCAUGUCGGCGACCGCUAUUUCCUCGACUCUGGUGAUAAGAUCCACUAUUUCUUCGAACAAGGCGCGCUCGAUCCCACUACCAAAACUCUUCUCGUCCCCAAAGAGAGAGCCAUCAACAAGUGCGGACAUGGUCUGCACAUCCACGAUGAAAUGUUUAAGGAAUUUAGCUUGAGUGAGGGAAUGCAAAAUGUAGCAAAGAUUUUAGGGGUGCAUAAGGAUCCAAAGGUGCUACAGAGUAUGAUUAUCUGUAAACAGCCUAGUAUUGGUGGUGCUGUGCCUAGUCAUAACGAUUCGACGUUUCUUUACACGGACCCGCCCAGUGCGGUUGGCUUCUGGUUUGCUUUAGAAGACUGCACUCUAUCCAACGGGUGUCUUUCUUUCAUGCCCGGUUCGCAUCGGUUUCCCAAGAAAACCAUCCCUCCACCACCCGCCUCUGCCACUUCUCGACCCAUCGAUCCGCACAACGAACAACUCGGAAUCGCUCGAGGAGUCAACAAGCGAUUCGUUAGAAAAGAGCAGGGUAAUCCAGACGCAGGAACAACCUUCCUCCAACUAAGCAACGAAGAAGAAACCAAAUGGAACGAACAAGAAGCAGUCGUAGCAGAGUGUAAGGCGGGGACGUUGGUCUUAAUUCAUGGAAGUGUCUUGCAUAAGAGUGAGAAGAAUUUGAGCGAUAAAAGUAGAUUCAUUUAUACGUUUCAUAUGAUCGAAGGCGACGAGGAGAGGGCAGUGUAUGAUGAGUUGAAUUGGCUGCAGCCGACGGAGGAUCACCCGUUCCCGAGUUUGUUCGGCGGAGGAAAACAGUAA